CCGUGCGACUUUCCCGCUUUCCCUUACACCAACAUGUCCAUAACCCACGUAAAUUCGGUUUCACAGCUGAACGGAGUCCUCUCAAAGUCCAAGGACAAGCUUUCGGUGAUCGACUUCCACGCAACUUGGUGUGGACCCUGCCACGCAAUUGCACCCGUGUUUGAAUCACUUUCGAAGCAGUACAACAACGUCAAUUUUCUGAAAUGCGACGUUGACGCUGCAAAGGAUGUCGCUCAGCAGUAUCGUGUAUCUGCCAUGCCUACCUUUAUAUUCUUGAAGGGGGAUACGAAGGUUGAUCAAGUGCGAGGUGCCAACAGAACUGCUCUAGAAGAUGCUCUAAGAAGACACUCUUCAGGGUCCUCCGGUUCAACGACUGCGUUUUCUGGUAGAGGACAGACCUUAGGUGGCGGCCCGGCACCACCAGACGUCGCUGGAGAGGUGCAGGCCGGCGUUAACGGACUCCUUGGGACAUUCAACAACCUCAGCCCUCAACAGAAGGUUUUAAUUUAUCUUCUCGGUGGUUAUCUUCUAUUCUGGUAUCUAAGCUGAAAUUGUGGAAAUGUACAUAUAAUACCGUGCUAUUGGACUCGAGAUUUGCUCUCAACUUCAAGAUAUUCCGUUGAUCAGAUCGAAACAGUCUGGGAUAACCAGCCAUUGAUUACUGUUUAGACCAUUGAUCUCUCCUUCAUUUUGAUUUGGGAUAGGUGGUCUGUUACACCGGGAAGCAUCUUUGUCGAGAUGCUGCAGAUGUAGAUUAGUUACUGUCGUCCACUAUUCACUCGGACAUGUCACUUACCCUGACUCGUGCCAUCGAGACCAAGUGUAGGUGGCUAGACAGGCCUGCAUAGCGACCCACACGCCUGUUGUCUGGGAGGUUGAGUAAAUUUGCGAAUCGACGAAAGAUACUCGAAGAACCUCACCGUUCGACGAGCGAGAAAUGCGUAGUACAUUGUGUAAAAGUUAUUGAAUGAUGUGUAUGCUCAGGAUGUUGAUGA